AUGGGUUACGCAUUGACGGAGGCUACAUUUAAUUACUAUCGCGAAGAAAUUAGAAGAACAAACAUUGAGGCUUCAAAUUGGAUAGACAACAUUCAUAGGGAGAAGUGGGCUAGAGCAUUUGACGAAGGGCAACGUUGGGGACAUAUGACAUCUAACUUGGCAGAGGCCAUAAACUCUGUACUAAAGGCAACAAGAAACCUUCCAAUCACUGCUUUGGUCCAGUCUACAUACUAUCGAAUGGGUUCACUCUUUGGUAAACAAGGACACAAAUGGACCAAAAUACUAUCUUCAGGGAAAGUUUUCACAGAUGGUUGUAACAAGGGAAUGGCUGAUGAGGUAGCUAAGGCUAACACACACAAUGUCAUGCAAUUUGAUCGCGAAAGAUUCUGUUUCAUGGUGCAGGAAAAGAUUAACCACAACGAUGGUCGUCCAACGGGUACUUUCAGCGUUGACUUGAGGAAUCGUUUGUGUGACUGUGGAAAAUUUCAAGCAUUUCACUUGCCUUGCUCCCACGUGAUUGCGGCAUGUUCUAGCAUACAACAGGACUACAUAUUCACAUUCCAGAGGUCUUCACAGUUCUUAACGUAUUCAAAGUCUACAAGGAAAGCUUCUUGGGACUACCACUACAAGAAAAUUGGCAAAUUGCGAAGGUUCAUUUUGACAUAUUACGAUGGUUUUAACCGUCGCAAUUUGUAA